ACCAUAGAUACUGCCUUAGUACAUUCACUACACGAUUAUUAAAAGGCGACUGAACACAUUCUCGGGGAUUCUGAUAAUUUGGAAAGCUGUCAGUUAAGGUAGUGUUGGCACUUUUUAAACUAGACUGAACCAGUGGUAAUUACUACAUAUAAUACAGUGCAACAGUCGUCAUCGUCAUCAAGAUGGCACACAAGAAAGAACUAUUAGAGAUUCUAAAGAACGCCGUGGAACAAGGCGAAACAGAUGUUGCCAGAAGCACGAUCCAAAAAGGAGUUGAUGUCAACGAAAUCCCGUGGGGCACAGAGUCGCUGUUGAUGCGAGCAAUACGGUGCAGACAUGCCGAUAUGGCUCAACUUCUCAUAGAUAGUGGCGUGAAUCUCCAGUAUGAAUACUUGAAAUCUACGUCACCAAAAACGGUGGAAACAGCGGCAGACUACUGCAAACAUUACGACAUGCCUGGUAUAUUGAUGCGGAUCCAGACUAAACUCGCCACGUCAUGAAGACUGAGAGGUUCUAGAGCGAUAUUAUAUAUGGGUAUCCGCUUAGUUCCGGUGCGAUGUUUUUGAGAAGAGGAACAAAUCGUAACAAUGAUCAUACUUAUGAAGAAAAAAAAGAGGAUUUUAUUUUAGACAGGAAUAAAUUAUUAUGUACUUAGUACAAGUUCAGUAGAAAGUGAAUUUGUAUAUUUGGCACGGGAUUCAAACGAUUUACUUUUCCCCUCUUGGUGGUGAUUCGGUGCAUAUUCUGGUCCAAUUGGCGCACAUUCAAAUUAUACGGUAUCAUAGUGGAAUUGUUGGAAACCCACAAAAAAGUGGGGUGGCUGGAGAAUGUACAAAAUUCGAGUUCAGGUUAGUUUAUUUUUUACCGAGGUUUUUAUGAACACUUUCCGCUUUUUGGCAUGUUUCCGACAAUUUCAAUCUACUCGAGCGGUUGUUGGUGUUUUUUUAUAUUCAGGAAAGAAACUAUAACAUUCUGAGCAAUUUUUCACAGCAUGUUUUCGAAAACCCAGACAAUGUUUACGUGACGAGUUCUAGACAAGCAAUGUACCAUUAUGGACAAUUCGGGACAACAAAUUAGCAACAGGACAAUAUAUAAUGAGUUAAAAUACAAAUUCAUGUCAUAGAUAGAAUAAUUUCUACUUAUAGACUAUAGACGGCGCCAUACAAUUAGGAAUUGAUAUAUGAAUAAUUAGCGUGCCUGUCUACACAAACCAAUCACUUUCGACGACAGCCAUGUUAACUCCUGAUUAGUUGAGCAGCUCAGCCAUGUUAUCUACCAUAUCUAUUUCAUAUAUAUUUUACAAUAAAACAUAUACUACGCUAA